UCCAAUGGUGAAAACUUAAGAACGAAGAAUUUGAGAUAAAAUUAAAUGUAAAUUUUAAGUAAAUACACCGAAAAACUUUACCGAUUUUAUUUAAAAAUUGUAUAGUGUUUUUAUGCAAUAUUAACGCCAAUGUCGAUUUUUAAUUAUGCGAGAAACAAAAUUGGCAACACUGUUUUUAAAAGAUAUGUACAUCAUUCCGAAUGUUCCAUUUCUGUUCUUUAAUGUAAUAACGGGCGUCGACUGAUAUAUAGAAUUGAAUGUUUUUGUAUGUAAAGUGUGUAUGACAGUUUGUAAUGCUAUGAAAUAUACCGCGUAUACACACGAUAUAAAGUCAUUUACCAAUCUACGUGUAUUUACGCGAGAUUUAGGUGAAACAGAAACAAAGAUACAACCAAGACGAUUUUUCAAUAAGACCAGUGGUUAUAAUGAGUUGAAUGUAAAAGCAGGCGACCAGCCAAGUCUUCUACAGUCUACAACGCUCAAUCUUUUUAGUACAGUCAAUUUCAAUGUAACAACUUGCACAACAAUAUGUCAUAUUAUAUUAUUAUACCACUUUUUUUCUGUAACUGUGUUGUAUAAUUUCCAUGUUGUAUUAUUGAUUUUAUUAUUUUAGAACCGUGGUCUUAAUUCUUCACAAGUCCAUUGGUUUAAAUAAGAUGAAUAAAAGUAAUAGCUCUGUGCCGAAUCUGCCAAGGCGGAUAGUUAAGGAAACACAGCGUUUGUUGUCGGAACCUGUUCCUGGUAUCACAGCUGCACCUGUAGAAGACAAUUUAAGAUAUUUUAAAGUUUUGAUGAAGGGACCAAAAGAUUCUCCAUUUGAAGGAGGGAAUUUUAAACUGGAGUUGUUUCUCCCUGAAGAAUAUCCAAUGGCAGCUCCUAAAGUUCGAUUCAUAACGAAAAUAUAUCAUCCUAACGUGGAUAAAAUUGGGCGAAUUUGCUUGGAUAUUUUAAAAGAUAAAUGGAGUCCAGCAUUACAAAUGCGGACAGUACUUCUUUCAAUACAAGCUUUACUCAGUGCGCCUAAUCCCGAUGAUCCUUUAAAUAAUGAGGUGGCAAAUCUAUGGAAAGAAAAUGAAGCUGAGGCAAUAAGCAGAGCAAAAGAAUGGACAAGAAUACAUGCUAUGGAACAAUAAGCUUUUUUAAUUUGGUGGGUGGGAAUAAAAUUGCCGUUUUUAGCAUAUAUACCUAAAAGAUGGAAGUUAUCCUCUUCUGCACUGUCUUGUUGUCUCAUUGUUUUGGAAGUCCCAGCAUUUCUUUUCCCGCUGAACUUGGUUGCUAUGGCGACAAAAUUACAAAUCUGUUUACAUCAAAGCUUGAUGCAAGUUCCUCUUGAUUUAUUUAUAGUAUGUCGACUUAAAAUGUAGUAGCGAAACUGAUUUAUCCAGUGUCGGAACACUGGUUGCCACCUCAAGUGCUGUGUUUGACUAUGCGGUGAUAUAACUUGAAUUUGAUGCUAGUUUUAAAAAAAGAAAUUCUCCUUUUUUUGACUUUUUUUCACAGCCAUUCUCAUUUUGUGAAAAAGUGAGAUAUUAGACGGGUACAUGCAUGUUUUCAUUUGUAUUAUUGACAUCUUAGAAAAUUCUGAUUCAGUAUACCAGAAUGUUUUAUGCUGUAACCCACUUCUAACAGGAGCUACUUAUCUUCUGCAAUAGUUAUUUCUGAUUUGUUCUUCUUAAAUGAUUGUCGACCAUUUAAAACUCUUGCUGUGCUUUAAUCAAUGUAUAUAAACUGCAAGGGAUCUUCAUGAACAAGUGUAACAUUAAACCAUGGGUAAUUUCCUUUAAGUUGAUUCAUUUUUUGGCGGUUUGUAUUGUUUUCGAUUGCAAAUAAACAAUUUUAAGUGCUCCCAAAAAGCUCUCAGAAAGAA